AUGUCACCGACUAAUCUGCCUCAGCUGCACCUCAAUGAGUCGAUUCGGGUAGUGGAUAAAAGCUCCUGGCUAAUCUCAAAUACGCUUCUUCUUACCCGUUCUUCGUCACCACCCCUGGGCAAUGUUCCAACCGACCAAGCAUGCUGGAGCGAUAGCAAUGGGGGUCAUUUCGCCCUCUCCACUGCGCCUGAGCCUCUUCCUGAUUCCAAGCCCCUCUCGGAAGACUCAUCUUCUAUCUCGAGGGUUCACGCAGUCGACAACCAGGCGGCCGUUUGGAGGGUAGGCGAAGCCUUUAUCAAAGCGCAUCACAUGGAAUAUCCCGAUGUAACCAGAGAGCAUGUUACUCUACAAUUUCUCAAAGAUCAACAGCCGCAGGGCUUUGAAUUUCCGAAUGUACUCUAUCAUUUCGAGACUGACUCGCGAUACUUCCUCGUUGUCUCGAGGGUUCCCGGCCAGCUCCUUCAUGAGGCUUGGCCCAACAUGGACGAAACCUCUCGCCAGUAUUAUAUCGUCAAGGUGGCAGAAGUCUGCAAUCGUUUAGCAACAUGGAAAGGCGACAUCAUCAGUGGUGUGGACGGACACCAGCUGUUGGAGCGUUAUCUCCUCAAAGACAACAGCAAGAUGGCGGAUGCCCUUACCCCACAACAGCUUCUGAAGAAUUGUACUGAGAUGUCUAUGGAUGUCUCUGCAUUUGUCUUCUAUCAUUGCGAUCUUGGUCCUACGAACCUUCUUGUCGAUGUCUCGACAGGCUCGCUAGGCAUCAUCGAUUGGGAGCUUGCUGGCUAUGUCCCUAUCGAAUGGGUCAGAACAAAAUUUCGAAUAUCUGCAGGAAUGGAUUUUGAUUAUGGGGAUGAGGACUCUAAAAAGGACUGGCGCCGCAAGGUCGCCCAGCAUCUGGAAAAGAUGGGCUAUAGCGAUGUUCUGGAUGCAUGGUGGAAGUUUCAGGACAGCUCCUAG